AUGACUGACUCUGUCAAUGCAGAAAAUAGUUACGAGCAGAGCCAGCAGGAGAUAGAAAAUGGCGAAGUGGAAAUUGUGGAUUCUGGUCAGGUCAUUGAUGAACUGGAUGAAGCAUUGAUGCAAAUUGGUGAUGCCACUGGCAGCGAACAACACGGAGAAUAUGAUGAAAGGGUGCAUGAGCAAGGAAAAAGUAAUGCAAUACCACAGGAUGUCGGUCUACAUAUGAGCGUUAGUGAAGAAGUGAUUGUCGAAACGGAAGAAAGCCAUCCGACGAUGUCUCCUACUCCGGGAAGUGAUGUAGGCGAUAUGGAAGAAUGCAUAAAUGAUGAGGAUGGUCUAUAUAGCGACGAUGAAGACCACUCAGAUAUGUUUGCUGACCGAGAAGUUGACCAGGUUAUCAGGGAUCCGGUGACUGGAGAGAUAAGUUUAACAAUGGAUUUGGAAGAUCUCGUAUCUCGGACAAUAACUUUUGAUAACAGUGAAAGAAUCAUCUUAUGUUUUUCAAAGCGAUGUCGUCCACAAAUAGCUUGGAAUGGACAUCUUUACGUUGCAGCGUCUGAUUUGAGCGAAGUCAGUUACACAAAAUGGCGUUGUGUAAAUGAAGGAUGCCCUGGUGCUUUACGGACGUCUCCUGGAUUGACCGAAUUGCGUUCUUCUGGACAUCACCAUUUAACUACAUGUAAACCGGAUGACUUGCGAGUACGUCUUCGCAUUGUCAUUUACGACCUACGUCUGAUGGCCGAAUUUACAGACGAUCCAUUAGAAGAUCUUUACAGUCAUUUUGUUGAAAAGUUAGCUGUUGAAAAUCCGGAUGUGUUGGCCUUGUUUCCUCCUUUGGAUACGCUAGUAAAAAGGUUGACAAGGCAUCGAGAAUACAAAGUAUAUCGUCGGCGAUUUGAAUAUGAAAAAAUAAUGGCAGAGCGGCGUCGUGGGUUGCAUUCUAAAGACUGCGCUCCUGCAAUGCUUCGAAGAAUGCGUCCGUUCCCACCGUCUGUAUGUAUCGAAUGCGGUAUAUCAAUUGUAACUGAUGCGGAUACCACAUCCCAGGAGAAUUUUGUGGAUCAUGUGUCGCAGGAUCAUCAAAGAGAGGCGACGUGCCAGUAUUAUUCAUUCCCGGGAGUACAUCUUUUUGAGCAGUGGAUGCGUGAACUGCAGCAGCGUAGCCGAUACAAAAUUCGACGUUUUUCAAUGCACAAUGAAAGCUUGUUUUUCCUUUGCGCUGCAGACGACCGCUGGUGUCGAACAUAUGGUGUUAACUCUGAUGGUCUUCAUUGUACUGCAUUUGUUCGAGUUUACGAUUACAGAAGAGUUUCGCGCCAAGAAACUCGGGUUUUGCGAAUACAGUACUGCUUGGAUCAUAAUUUCCAUAGCGAUGAGGAUGCAACAGUCGAUGCGCCAUUCACUCCCGAAAUUUUCAUGCAUGAAGUGGAGGAGAGACGUUUACGAACCGCUGGCAUGGUUAAAAGUCAUGCACAACGUGCGCGACUUUUGAGACGAAGAGGUGAAAUAGGAAGUGAAAUCAUGUCAGAGAAUGGCGGUGUGUGGUCUGAAGAGGGAAUCAGAGAAGAUGACCAAAAUUUGCAAGAAUUAGACGCCUAUGCAUCUGAUGUCGCCAAACGCACAUCUCAUGUACGGAAUGAUGAUUCUGCGUCAGUAGUCGAAUUUGCUGAAGGACCGGAUACUGAACACGACGGACAGGAAGAUGUAGUUGGUGGUGAAGGCGAACGAAAUGUUGAUUAUGCUAUCGAGGGUAGUGAGGAGGGUAUUGGACAGGAGGAGCAAGUGGGGGAAAAUGCUGCAUCGAAACUGAAGCGAGUAAACUUGCAAAGACCGAGAUUUAUAGGAAGAAAUAUCAAAUCAGAGUACGACGAGAAGCGAGAGGUGGCAAAUUUGGUUGAACAGUGCAAUCGUCGAGUUAGUGAAAGCCGUUCAAUACGUUCUAUUGAAAGCAGAGAAAUUCAAAGUGGUAGUGGACCGGGCCAACCACAUUAUGUUACUCAUCGAUCAAAUUUUUCCAGCUAUACACUUUAUAAUUUGGUCAUGCAAAUUGAAUUGCAGUGCGAGCUUUUCAAAGAACGAGCUCAGUCUUUGAAACAUAUUAUGGCGGCGAAAAAAUAUCUCAAAUACCUCACAUCUCUCUGUGAUAGCAUUGCUACUGAUCCAGACUGCAAUAAAUCUGUAGAAGAAUUGGCAGCUGAAAUUUUUGAUUUGAAAGAAAUUGUAAACAGUGGAAUAGUAGUCACCAAGCAAUCGGGUUUGCUUCCAACAUUAAGUUUUGGAAGCGGCGAUGAAGGUAGUAAUUCAGUACAACAGCGUGAUGGAAGAAGUGAAUCGGAAACGCAGCCGCUUAUCUUUCUUCCAGUAGUACCUGCAAGGAGCACACCGGAAGAAUUAGAAAAAAUGACAGUUGAUGAGGAAGCAGAAAUGGAUGUUACAGAACAGUCUGAAACACCAGAUGCACAACCAAAUUUAAGAAGAUCAAAACGUGGAAAAGGGAAGGAGGAAGUUGAAAUACCUUUUGAAGUGAAGAAAGGUAGAAAAGGUCCGUUGAUUGCACUUCCAAAAGCAGAAACAUCUGUAAGGGAGCCAUAUCAAACAAGAAGAAGUCGUGGUGUCGUGAAGCCGAACACCAAGGGAGUUUUUGACAAGACGACAUAUGUUGGAGGAACGGAGGCAACUUCAGCAGAAGGAGAUGAAUCAAUGAAAUCUCCAGAAUCUCGAGGAGCUUACACAUUGAGGCGAAUACCAUUCAGUGGACAAAACUCAAAGUUGAAACUGGCUGGACGUACCAUGCAGCUUGAUGCCGAAUCGGAAGAACUGACUGGAAAGCCGAUGACUUUAAGAACUGCAGCCGGAAAUUUGGUCACAGUGAUGCGGCGGUUUGAUGGCCGUUUGAUUAUGGUUUCACCUCGAGAACUGGUUCAGAAAGAAUCGAAAACUUCGGCCACUGAAGAAACUCAGAGGGAAACGAGGUCGAGAAGCACACGGAAUGCAACACUUGGCAAAAAGGCACCAAAGUCAGAGCAAAUAAAAGAAGACGAAGAAGAAGAAGAAGAAGAAGGAAAGGAAACAAAAUCGCAAAGAACAACAAGAUCCUCAGAAAGACGUUCAGUCUACUCAAAAUAUUUGAAGAAAGAUAAAGAUCGACGUGAUGAAAAGAGCGCCAAUGCAGGUUUAUCAGAAAAAGGAAAAGGAAAGGAUAUGGGUAGUGAAAAAACAAAUUCGGAAGAAGCGGAAUCUAGCAAACAGGAAAUUACGCAUGAAGUAGAGAGUAAUUCGAAAAAAUUUGUAAGAAAGCAGUUAAGCGAAAAUGAUGUAAUCGUUAUGGACGAUGAGACAUUUUCAGCUGUUGUAAAAGAUAUAAGCAUGGGAAGUCCACCUGACUAUGUUGGUGGAAGUGAAAGCCGACGAAGUAAAGUAAAGAAAAAGGAUGAAGAAGAGGCAACAGGAUCGACUGUUGACGCUUCCAGAGCAAGUAAACCAGGGGAGAGUAAAAAAUAA